AUGGCAUACUCACCCGGCCCCCCAUCCCCAGGUGGAGGGCCUUCCUACCAUGGCGGCCUAUACUCGCGAGGCCGCUCCCCAAGUCCCACUGGAGGAGCCUCGGGCCCUCAAUCAAAACGCGACAAGCGACGCACAGCACUCCAGGAACGUCUGCAAGACCUGACAGCCUCGUUUAGCCAAAACCGCGACACGCAAUUCCGCCAGCAGCUCCAUGCUCUGCAGUGCGACAUGACACUCAUCAACAAUGCAGACCCUUACCAGACGGGCCCCCUGCCGGACUCGGCGGAUGAUAUCGCGCAGUUGAUUGAGGAGACGGUUGGUGGCGGCAAGUUCGCUAAGGAGAUGGCUAGUCUGUCCGGGACGUGGUACUCCAAAUUCGUGCAGGAGGUGAAUCGCGUCAAGGAGGCAAAGGAUUCGGAAUUGACAGACGCUAUGAACCGCUACCAAAAUUAUCUCGACCGAUACCGCCAUGAAUACGACUUCCGCGUGCAUUUUGCCAAAGAUGAAUUCAACCAGCUUUCCUCGACUCUGCGCGAACGACUGAUGCAGAACAUAUCGGGCAAACGGGCUCGUUUGAUGCGCGAAAAGGAGCAACUCGAUAUCGCCGAUUCCAAUGCGCUGCUGCUGCACCCGAACCAGUUCAGCAUCACCAACCCGGCCAGUCCUGGUGGAAUCCACAGCAACCGCAAGACGCGACAUACAAGGCACCGCGUUGAACUGGACGAGCUGGGCAAUGGCAUCUCGGAGCUGAACAAGCGGAAGCGCAAGGCGCCUGAAGAAGAGACUGGGUCGCCCGCGCGGGACGCGGGCGGAGCCACACCAGCAGAGCGCUCCAGGACCGAUAUUUCGCAGCAACAGACGGCACCGGCCUACAGCAUGAACUCGCUCUUCACGGACAAGGAACUCAGCGCGCACGCCAACCAGGCCCAUGUCGCGACGGUCCACUUCUUCUCUACAUCCAAGCGCGGAGAGCACGGGUCAGGUGCCGCUACCAACGGCAACAAUACCGAUGCCGAGGAGACCUCUGGCGCGGGUGAUGGGACCGGCCACGAAGAUAACGGCACUCCGAGUGCGACGGAUAUGAUUCGCACGGCGAGUCACAACUUCCAUGCCACCCGGUCUACCCGUGGAACCGCUGCCCACAGCGCCCUCAGCGCCCUGGCCGAGCUGGCAGACAAGCCCGCUACCCGGCCCAGCCUGCCGUACCAGAUGCUGUCCAACUACCAGGCCCGGCCAACCGGCAAUGCCCCACCGCUGACUUCGCUGAUGACCGAGGAGGUGGACGACGACUGCUCGCGCAUGGACCGGCCUCCCAAUGGCAAUGCACCGAGCUCCAACCGCUUCAAUAUGCUGCACCCGGACUUUGGCCCCACCAUGGGUGUCCAGUUGUAUCCCUCGCGGGGCACUCAGAGCCUCGAGAUGUUCCCGUCGGUGGCAAUGGAGCGCGAGCGCAGCAGCAAACGGACCAAGAAUCACUAG